UUUAAUAUUUAUAACCGGCAAAUUUUAUUGUUGCUGUAUCGCCCGCAAAGAGAAGAUGCUCCCCAACGUCCAUAAAUGUCGAAACCUCGCAGUCUCUCUGAACCACCUCCGCUUCAACAUAGCCCUCCGCCACCGGCGUUUAUUACACAACGGCCCAGACACAAUAGACGAACUAUUGGACAGACACCUGGUCAAGAAAGACAAAACCCACCACGGCGACGACGAAGAGAAUGACCUCCUGACUCGGCAGCGACUCACCAGCAAUCGGCGCGAGGCGCUGAGUCUCUACCGGGACAUCCUCCGGGCCACCCAGUUCUUCAUGUGGCCCGACUCGCGAGGCGUGCUGUGGCGUGACGUUCUCAGAGAGAACGCCCGGAAGGAGUUCGAGGCGGCCCGGUUCGAGAAAGAUCCGGAAAUCGUGACCCGGUUGCUCAUCGGAGGACGCGAGGCUGUGCAAUCGGCUAUCGAUAAGCUCGUCGAGAAACAGAGGGAACAGAUUGCCAAGGAACGCAGCGAUCAAGAUCGUCGCUGAUCGUGGUAAUUUCUGUGUUUCGUGCUUGAGUUCGAAUUUGUAAGAUUGUGUCAAUUUGUUCUAUUUUAUUUUCUAAUUAAUGAAGAAUGUGAUUUACCACAAUGUAAUUAUGCCGUGUUGUUUUUCAUGAAUAUGUUAGAUUUUGCACUCACGUAUGUUGGAAUCAAAUAAUUUGAUUUUUUGCUUUGUU